AAAAAUGGGAACCGGUGAAAUUCAAGCUGUUGUGAUGGCGGCGGGCAAAGGAUCCAGGAUGUUGGAUAUAACCGGAGGUGGGGUAAAAUGUUUAAUUCCUCUUGGAGGAUAUCCUUUGCUUUACUACCCUCUGAAGAUGCUAGAACGAAGUGGGUUCAGAAACGUAAUAGUCACCGUACCGGAUAGUGCAAGAUCUGAGGUGUGUAAAUUUGCAGAGAAAUAUAAACUCUCCUUGAAACUAGAUGUUGUCGGAGUUCCGAUGGCGGAGGAGUGGGGAACAAUGGAUACUUUAAGGCAUAUUAGUGAUAAACUGGUUGGAAGUGAUAUUCUCAUUGUAUCCGGGGAUCUUGUGUCCAGGGAGAACUGUAGGAUACUCAGCGAUCUUCAUAGAUCCAAGAAGCCUGAUUUGACUCUACUCUUGAAUAAGCCUGCUUUUGACUUAAAGUCUUUGACUGUGCCCGGCUCAAAAUCAACUAAAUAUAAGAAUGAGCGUGAUCUGAUCGGUCUUUCUGGAAACAAUCUUUGUCUGUUUAAAUCCGAGGCAGACGUAGAAGAGGAGAUUAAUAUAUCUAACAGAGUUCUGAGACAGUGUCCAAGGUUCACCGUACACACUAAUCUGCAGGACUCUCAUCUCUACAUCGUGAAUAAGGAGACUCUGGAUCAGGUUCUCCAGGAUAAAAGUGUGACAGCAGUGAAGGGAGAGAUGAUUCCAAAACUAGUUUCUCUUCAGUUCAACACUAUAAAAGGUUCCAAGGAGGAGAAAAUGGAGAUGGAUAAUGAUUUUCAUGGAGAGAAACAGAAACAGAGGAGUUUAAAAUGCUACGCGGCAAUUACGGAAGAGACGACGGUACGCGUGAAUAAUGUUCCGAGUUACUGGGACGGAUUCAGGAUUGUUCGGAGCGGGUUCCAUGAGAACUCUGAACUUCCAGUGGUUCAUGAGCAAGCAAAGGUUCAUGAAAAAUCACAGAUGAAGGAUUGUAGUGUCGGGGCCGGAAGCGUGGUAAGUGAGAAGACAACACUGACCGGCGUAUCUGUCGGAGCUAACUGUACGAUCCAUGAGAAGGUUAGGAUAUCCAACUGUAUCAUCAUGGAUGGGGUCACCAUUGCAUCCGGCUCAAAUAUAAAGGAUUGUAUUGUAUGCGAAGGAGCAAGUUUAGAAGCUGGUUGUGAUCUAAGUAAUUGUAUAGUUGGACGACAGCAUACUGUAUCCGCUCAAUCAAACCUAGAGAACCAAAUCCUGCUUGAUUCAGAUCGAAUGAUGCAUGUCUAGAAAAAAGUCUUUUUGAUGGACAAAUGCGUUUUAUUGUUCUGGUGUGGUGAUAUAAGACUAAAUCCAAAAAAUAACAAUAUUUUUUUUCGGAGAAAGAUUUACUCAAUAGAAACAACUUUUGUUAAUUAAUAUAUUUUUUACUACCGAGUUUUAGCAUUCAUGUGAUUAAGGUUAUGAUAAAACUUGAUUUAUGUAAAUAAUGCUCUUGGUCAUAUUGUUAGGUGCCUUAUUUUUUACUCGAAACAAAUAAAUAUUUAAUUCUU